AUGAAGAACUUUGUCCUAGCAAUUAUUAUUUUUAUUGCAGUGCAUAAUUGCAGUUUAUUAACAGCGGAUGGUGGAGAUACGCUUCUAUUGGGUUCUUCUCUCUCAGGAAAUCAGACCAUGAUAUCAAAGAAUGGCACGUUUGCAUUGGGAUUUUUCAGUCCCAGAGGAACGAAUAAUUGGUACAUUGGCAUCUGGUAUGCACGAAUCUCUCAAAAGGCCGUUGUUUGGGUGGCUAACAGAGAGAAUCCUGUCAGAAGCAUACCCGGGGUUCUCAACUUUUCAAGCGACGGCCAUCUCAGAUUGUUUGACAGAGAAGGUCGGUCAGUUUGGUCGACUCUUAAUGACCGGAAAGCCUCGGGCGCAAUAAUAAUGGACUCUGGUAAUUUACUUAUGUUGGACGCCUACAACGAGUCUGCGAUAGUUUGGGAGAGUUUCGCGCACCCGACAGAUACAUGGUUGCCUGGCAUGAAGAUGUGGAAAGGCAUGAAGUUAACUUCGUGGAAAAGUUCUGUGGAUCCUGCAAUUGGGCUAUUCUCUUUCGGAUUGGACAUGUCCCAAGGAAAGACGCAGUUUGUGAUGGUCUAUAACAACAGUGUAACAUACUGGUCCAGUGGAGAGUGGACUGGAAAUUCUUUUACCAACCUUCCCGAGAUGUCAGGUCAGAAAGUAGUCGAAACGUUCAUUGUGAGGGUUUCUCGUUCAAGAAUGUACUUAAAUUUUGUCGUAAACCCGACUAUGCGACCUCUCACGGUGCGGUUCGUGUUGCAGACGAAUGGAGAAUAUGGAACUUACUUCUGGAUGGAUGACAGUAAAUGGAGUCUGAUUUGGUCAACACACCGAGGUCAAUGCGGUGUGUAUGAUAUUUGUGGGGCUUAUGGAGUGUGCAGUGCGAAUGAUGUGUGUAGUUGUGUUGAUGGCUUCACACCCAAGCACCCUUCUCAAAGCUGGUGGUCAAACGGCUGUGCUCGGCAAAGGCCGCUACAUUGCUCUACCACAGAGGGAACCACCGACGGUUUCGUGGAAGCCAAGAACCAAUCCUUGCCCGAAGAAGAAGCUUUCACAUACAAUGAGUCAACACAGCAGGGUUGCCGGACUGCUUGUCUCAACAAUUGCUCCUGCACAGCCUUUGCUUUCGCUACUUCUGAUCCUUUCCUGUGUAGGCUGUGGUUUAGGGAAUUAUUCAAAAUGCGCGCUUCAUCCGACGGUCAUUCGGUCUUCAUUAGACUUGCCGCUUCUGAGCUGCCGCAUUCGACACCAAAGGGAAGGAGCAAAGCCCCUGCACUUGGCGUUGUACUUGCUGCUACUAGCGCUGCUUUCUCUGUUAUUUUGGUUCUCCUACUGGCCAUCUUUAUUGUGUCUAAACGUCGAAGGCUACGGAAGAAAAUCAGGGAACAGGAGGUGCCAACAUCGCUCAAAGCAUUCACUUACAAAGAGCUGCGAAUUGCAACCAAGAAUUUCAAGCAUAAGUUGGGUAGCGGAGCAUUUGGUUCUGUGUUCGCAGGAUGUCUGCCAGACAACACGCUUGUAGCGGUUAAAAGACUAGAGGGUUCUGCUGGAGCCGAAAAGCAAUUUCGUGCGGAAAUAAGCACCAUCGGGAGAAUACAGCAUGUGAAUUUGGUUAAGCUCUGGGGGUUCUGCGUAAAAGGCCCUCGCAGACUGCUGGUGUAUGCCUACAUGGCCAAUAGCUCUCUGAAUUCCUUCCUCUUCCAUAAAGAGGGAGAAACAGAGAAGGUGUUGAAUUGGAAGACUCGGUUUAAUAUCGCACUGGGCACUGCGCGCGGAUUAGUUUAUCUCCACGAAGAGUGCAGGGAUCGGAUCAUUCACUGCGAUAUUAAGCCGGAAAACAUCCUGCUAGACGACGACUUUCGCCCGAAGAUAGCUGAUUUUGGGUUGGCAAAGCUGGUUGGCAGAGAUUUCAGCCGCGUAUUGACGACCACAAGAGGAACUCGUGGGUACUUGGCUCCCGAAUGGAUCUCCGGCCUUCCUAUCACUCCCAAGGUGGACGUAUACAGUUUUGGUAUGAUGUUGCUUGAAAUUAUAUCCGGUCGUAGAAAUCUGGACUUGAAGGUGGAGGAGAGCAGGUUGUACUUUCCUACCUGGGCUUCAUCUCAAAUUCAGAGGGGAAACAUAAUAGGCGUUGUGGAUGCAAGGAUAGCAAGCGAGGCGAAUAUCGAAGAGGUGAGAAGAGCCGCUCUAGUUGGGGGACUGUGCAUUCAAGACGAUGAAGAUAGGAGGCCAAGCAUGGGUGAAGUGGUAAAGAUAUUGGAAGGCACAAUUGAGGCUCCUGCACCACACAUUCCGAGGUCUCUUCACGUAUUAGUAGAGCAGGUCGACGAUGACGAUGACAGGCAUACCUUUGCUAAAUAG